AUAAGAUGAAUAAAAAUAAGAAAAAAAAAAAAGAAAGUAAAUUUCAUCUUUGGAAUUUGCAUCCGGUCUCCGGUCUAUAAGAGUUUGCCUACAAGUCUCGAUAUAUUAUGAUGUGAGUGCGAGAAGAGGUCAGCUGGCAGUGCUGAUUCGUUGGUAUAGUGCGGACAAAGAGGCAAUAUUACAGCCAAAGCUAAAGCUAAAGCUAAAGCUAAAGAAAUAUACAGCACGAUUGGAAGUGAAUCUGGAGGGGGUCAGUAACAGCAGAACAGAAACACAGCAGACAGCAGGAGCCCAGCAGCAACGGGCAACGGUUGGUCGUAUCGUGGUUUCAUUGGAAGUAGUGAACGCAACAGGCAAACAAACAGUUGAAAACGUGGAUAAGAGUUCCAUACACUGCACACUAAUCCUGCCGGUUCAGUUUGCUCAGGUUAAUUCUUGUCUGUUUUGCGAUCAUAAUGGCCCAGAGGACAACAACUACAUAAUAAUAAAGAACAAGAAGAAGAAGAAGAAGAAAGAGUGAGCAGACGUCAGACCACGUCAGACAACAACUAAACAGCCACGGCAAUCAACGAUCAACGAGAAACACCAAGAAGACAACACUGAGACACACAUAACACAUAUACACAUGGACAGGGGAGGGAAAAGUUAUUUCGAGAGGGGAGAAAAAAAUUGCUCUUUAAACUAUGUGAUGGUGUUGAAGAUUAUCAAAGAUCCAGCGAGUUUUGAGAUAAUAAUUUACGUGAUACUGAAUAUCCACCGAAUUACUGGAGUUAUUUGACAAAAUAAUAUAGACUGAUUGCCGAGCAGAAGCACAUGGAUCUAUCAACUGACGGACUGAUGAGAUUUCCGUUAAACUAUAUUAAAGGUUUCAGCCGGAUGUUAUUCACGUGCCAUUUCACUCCUUUGGAGUGCAAACAAUACGACACGAAGCGGAUAGACUAGAUAGUACGCUACCAGUGUCGAUGAUUCACACCUCAGUCCAAACUAUCAGUAUCAUCACCGCCUUAAAGUGUGUAGUUGAUUAAAUUAAAUACACAAAAAAAAAAAAAAAAAAAAAAAAAAAAUGCUGAAAAAUUGGACAACCCGAGGCGCGAGCCGCUACGCUCGUCGGAUUCUUGUCUUCGUAUUUGUCUGGAGUUUCAUAAUGAUAGCAGCGCUGCAAUUUCGUCAGUCAAUAAAUCAAGUCCUCCAGCCGAGUGAGUCAGUGGGUAUUGACAGUGCUGUGAAUUAUCCGACAGGAUCAUGGGAUCGUGGAUCUGAUCAACCGUUAUCUUCCUCAUCAGCGUCAUCGGCUACAAGAAAUGGUAAUUCUUCAAUUAUAAAUUUCGCAAGAGAGUCUUACUCGUCGCACCGACGUAAGCCACUGGAUGACGAUGAAUCCGAUCACAAUGACCCAACUGCUGGUGUUUCGUCUUCUAUUGCUGUUUUUAAUCAAAGACUCAAGGAAUUUAAUAACAAAAAACUUUUGCUGGAUGAACGGCCGCCGCGCUCUGAACAGGAACUCAUCAACGAGAUGGAAAAUCAAUUUCCUAGUCUACCCGUAGUCUCGUGGUACAAAAGGAGCACUACGACAACAACAACAUCCACUACUGAACAAACCGGUAAUGAUACCAAGACAAACAAAUUGUGUGUACCUCGUUAUCCGAAUAUUCUCGAGCUCGAGUUCAAUAACAAGUACUGGCAAACAUUGAAAUCAACCAACGGAACUUUCCAACUUUUUGGAGCCUACUACGAUAUUCGUAAGCUGUCGAAAAUCGGCCCGGCAGUUAGAAUCGUUGGUAUGAUCGACAGAAUUGAACCUAAAAUAAAAACUUACUGUCAAUUGUGGUUCGAUGGAGAAAAAGAACCUCAAGUUGUUGAUGUAUUUGAAUAUAAAUAUAUUUGGUUCAAAAAGUGGGGUAGUUACAAGCAAGGUAUUUAUCAACCUUACGUUAUUGCGUGUAAAAUACCCCAGUCUCACUGGUCAAAAGAUCCUCCAGCAUCAGUCUCGAUUGUUGAGAAGCCGUGUGAUACAGCGAGUACUAAUUUACGGGUAAUUUACAACAAACCGCCAGAGGGCAAAAAGAAAGAGUUUGCGGUCUGCGUGAAAGGUCUAGAUUUUCUUCAUGAAGAUUUAUCAGUACGGCUGGUCGAGUGGAUCGAGCUAAUAAGUAUUCUAGGCGCAGACAAAAUAUUCUUUUAUGAGCUACAAGUACAUCCAAACAUCACGAAAGUUUUGGAGUAUUACAAAAAAACAGGACAAGUUGAUGUUACGCCUCUGACGCUUCCUGGUGGGCAGCCUAACAUUCCGACGUUUCAGCACAUUUAUUUGAAGAAAAAGACCAAUCAAAAGCGACAAAAUGAAUUGAUACCCUACAAUGAUUGUCUUUACAAACACAUGUACGAGUACGAGUACAUAGCUUUGCUUGAUAUUGAUGAAGUAAUAAUGCCAAUUAAAGAUUUUACGUGGAGUCAACUUAUGCGACGCGUUUUACCCAAGGCUCUUCGCAUACGCAAUGAAACUCGUGCUUCGUACAACGUCAGAAACGUGUACUUUCUCGAUGACCUUCUACACUCACACGGAUUCUUCGACCACGUGCCGAAGUACAUGCACAUGCUCCAACACGUAUACCGCUCGUCGAACUUCACCAAGCCUAAUGAGUACAUAAAGUGCUUUCAUAAUCCGGAACGUAUUGUCACUGUGCAUAAUCAUUUUCCGCUGGCAUGCCUCGGCUCCGGGUGCACGAGUUAUCCCAUCGAGACUGAGGACGCUCAGCUUCAGCACUACAGAGCCGACUGUGUUACCUCGCUGAAGAAAACGUGCCUUCAGUAUCGAAAAAACAGCAUAGUCGAUACGCAGAUCUGGAAGUAUAAAGACCAGCUGGUCGAACGUGUCACCAACACCCUGGAGAAGCUCGGGUUCUUCGGGCCAGGAUAAAUAAUCAAAUAAUCAUCACAACCUACAAUUAAUAUUCAUUUAAAAUAAUUAUUUUUUUUAUCAUUAUUAAUUUUACUAUUGCUAUUAUCUUGAUAAAUUUAAUAUUUAAAUUUUCUUCUUAUACCUAUGUAUAGACGUAGCGUGUAACAAGCUCCUUGUUCCACGGAUCGACGCCACGGGGUAGACGAUCGUGUGUGCCAGUUACAUCGUUUAAUCUGUCCUUGAAUUACGAGUACGCCGUAUCCGUGGAACGACGAAGGCUUUCCCAUCAAGGACUCAUGUCUUCUUCUCUUCAUUCCUCUUUCUUAUCUCUCUUACGUUCCCCAUUUCAUGGUCAGCCUCGAUCGUCCUCUAAGUAACCUUAUCCAUCUAUAUAUAUGAAUGUAUAUUUUUAUUAUUAUU